CCGGAGGUAGCGCAUGACCCGUCAAGGCUCUUUUGCAUUCUGCAGGACCUGGCACUCACUCCGGGCCGAGUAGACUUUUCCGAAUUUUUGGCCUACUACACGGCCGUCUCGCACACAAUUGGGGACCCAAUCGUGGAUUUUGUUUCCACAGAUGAGGACAACGGAGCAGAGGAUGACAUCCAUUUGCUAAUGAAUCUGGUGUUGUCGUCGUCGUCUCGUAGCAAUUAUGGGAGUAUUUCACCCCAGAGCACGCAGACUGAUGCAUUUGAGAAAUUGAUUUGUCUGGCUUGGCGAGUCUGA